UUAUCGUUCGCGACUCAUUUCCGCGGGAAGCGACAGUAUCCUUUCGGUUCGUGUCUCGUUAAUACACUUUUUUCAGCAGUGUUUCGCCUCCAGAUUUUGGAAUCAAGUAUAUACAAUUGUGAGUGAUCCCGCGUGAACAAAGGAUGAGGCGUUCGUUGAUUUUGUUCGUUAUUCAAGUGUCGAUUCUAUCGACCUUCGGGGAGCACAAGGACGAGGAGAGCUUAUGUGCGGCGCAGCAGACCUGUACGAAGUGUAUACAAACCCCGAAAUGCGUUUGGUGCGCGGAGCAGCGCUCUGCGGAAAUGGGCGGGCUAGUCAGAUGCGUCUCUAGAACGAAAUAUGAGAAAGAGAGGGACUUGUGGUGUCCGGACAAUGCUGUGUACAAUCUAACGUCCAAAACAGACGUUCUCAGCAAUUUGCCACUUUUGUCCACCUUCACCAAAGAUCCCGUUCAAGUUCAGCCUCAGCAAAUCGUACUGCAUUUGAGGCGAGGCGAGGAACAUCACGUGACCCUCAAGUACAGUCAGGCCCAGGAUUACCCCGUCGAUCUCUAUUACCUCAUGGACUUAUCUGCAUCGAUGCAAACGUACAGAGACCGGUUGUCCGGCCUCGGCUUCCAGCUCGCUGAAGCCAUGAGAAAAUUGACUUCGAACUUUCGCCUCGGUUUCGGAAGCUUCGUCGAUAAAGUUGUACUUCCGAUGACAAACACGCAACCGGAAAAGUUGGAAUCGCCCUGCAUUUUGGAGCUGACCGGACAGCCGUGCGCGCCUCCUUACGGAUUCAAAAACCAGAUGCCCUUGACAGAAAACGUGACUCUUUUCAAGACGAGAGUCCAGGAGGCCCCCGUUUCCGGUAAUCUCGACGCCCCGGAGGGUGGACUCGACGCGAUGAUGCAGGCGAUGGUCUGCACGGACGAGAUUGGCUGGAGACCGAAGGCGCGACAUCUUCUCAUCUUUUCGACCGAUGCGAGUUUCCACAUCGCUGGAGAUGGAAAGCUCGCUGGCAUAGUCGAGCCGAACGACGGUCUCUGCCACCUCGACAAAAACGGAUUCUAUUCGCAUUCCCUUCUCCAAGAUUAUCCUUCGAUUUCGCAGAUCAAUCGAAAAGCUCGCGAACACAACGUCAACAUUAUUUUCGCUGUGCCCGGCCACAAGAACUCGACUUACCAACUGCUCAGCCGCAGUCUCAGUGGGACCUCCGUUGGUUUACUCGAGCAUAAUUCUCAAAACGUCGUUUCACUCGUCAGUGGCGAGUAUGAGAAACUCGUCGAUUCGGUCGAGCUGACCGACGAUGCUCCGAGCUUCGUCGACGUCAGAUAUUUUUCCAAAUGUUUGGACCCGAACGAUGAGAUGAAAGAAAGGAAAGACUGCGGUGGACUUCGACUUGGUAACGUCGUAGAAUUCGAUAUUGCACUGAAGGUGGUUGAAUGUCCAAAAGAUCCGAAAGAUUGGAAGCAGACAAUUCACAUCAAACCACGAGGCGUUAACGAGAGUUUGACCGUCAAUUUGGAGCUCCUGUGCGAGUGUCCUUGCGCUAUACCAGAACACAAGGACUACGCAAUAAAUGCGGCUCAGUGCGAAAAAAGUGGAGAUCUCGUUUGCGGCGUUUGCGCCUGUUCAGGGGGUUUUUAUGGGAAACGUUGCGAGUGCAAGGGCAACGAGGCUGGUGACAAGAAGAACAUGGACGACUGCAAACCAGCGAAUGAGACUUUGAUCUGCAGUGGCCAUGGUGUUUGCAAAUGCGGAGUCUGCGAUUGUUUCGAAAGACCAAAUCCUCAGGAAGUUUUUUUCGGAAAGUACUGUCAGUGCGAUAACUUUUCGUGCAAAAGAUCUGGCGGCCUUGUUUGCGGUGGCCGCGGCAAAUGCGAAUGCGGUACCUGCAAUUGUCUGCCAGGAUGGGGUGGCGAAACCUGCGACUGUAAAGAAACCAACAGCACUUGUACACCACCCGGUGACAAGAGCGAAAUUUGUAGUGGCCGGGGCGACUGCAUUUGCGGAAGUUGUCAUUGCAGAGAAAAAAAUGGGAUUCGGUAUUCCGGACAGUAUUGCGAAGAGUGUCCCACGUGUCCUGGUCAACGUUGCGAGGAGUUGAAAGAUUGCGUGGAAUGUGUCGUCCACAAUGCCGGGCCUUUGGUCAAGUCCGGAUGCGCCAUGUGUUACCACCAAAUCGACGUUGUGGAAAAAGUGGAGGAAGAUCCUGAGAAGGACGCGACGACAGGUGCGAGAAUUUGUCGAGUUCCGGGGGCCGAGGACUGCAGUUUCGUCUUCAAAUACGAACUGUACAGGAGCGGGUCCGGCGGCGACAUUAAAAUUUAUCAGAUUUACGCCCAAAAGGAAAGGGAUUGUCCGACGCCGGUCAACGUUUUGGGCGUCGCUCUCGGAGUCGUCAUAAGUACAGUGAUUCUCGGAUUCCUUGUUCUACUGAUUUGGAAGAUUGUAUUGAUGGUGCAUGACAAAAGGGAGUACGCGAAGUUCGAGAAGGAAAGAGCAAUGGCCAAGUGGGACAGGGGCGAGAAUCCGCUGUACAAGCAGGCAACAUCGACGUUUACGAAUCCAACAUUCGCCGAGAGCACGAAGAUAUAAAUUUAUAAUUUAAGUUUCGUACGGUUCGAGAAAUUCGAUUCGGACUUUCUCGUUCAGCAAUAAUUCGAGGAGAUUAUUGAUCUCAAAAGACUUAAGAGUAAGAUUUAAAUUUCUAAUCACGUUAACACAACAAUCGUUGAGUGCCAUUUUUGUACUGAAAAUAAAUGGAAGCUCGGACCAAGGAGGAACCAUUCCAAUGUAA